AUGUCGGAAAACAAUUCUGCCAAAGAUGUAAAAGAAACCGAAAUAAAUACAAGCUUUAAAGAUACAAUUUCUGCCAUUAAAACUACAGCAGAAGUAAUGAGUUGUUACAUUCCAGUUCUUAAUUCGAUAACAAUUUUAUUUCAAAAAAUUUAUCAAGUUUAUGAAGAUUCAGAAUGUAAUAAAGAAAUUUGUUUAAUAAUGGUAGAACGAGUUAAAGCAGCAGAAUAUUCAUUGGAUAAAAUGAUGAGAAGAAAAGAAGAGAAUGAAAAAUAUUUUUGUAAACAAGAUUAUUUUUUUGCUUUUAAAAGAUUUGAAAUUAAUUUAAAAAAUAUUAAAGAUUUUACAAUUAAAGUUUCAAAGCUUAAAGGCUAUAGAAAGUUUUUUAGUGCAACAAACGUUAAAUUUCAAUAUGAUAAUUUAACUAAAGAAUAUGAUGCUUGUAUGAAAGAUUUACAUUUUGCUAUUACGGUUGUUAGUAAAGAAGAAAGGGAUGCAGAAUCACGAAAAGUUGAUCAAUCUCUAAAGGAUAUUGAAGAGACUCUUGAAAAACUUGAAGGUGACAUUGAAAAUGCCGCUAAUAAAAUAGAAAAACUUGAAGGCGGUAUUGAAAAUGCCACAAAUAAAAUCGAGAAACUUGAAAAUGGUAUUGGAAGUAAAAUGGAUAUGGUAGUUCAAGAAAUUUCCAUCAUAAAAUCACAGAUUGAUAAACAGCAAUCAAACGAAAUCAACGUACCAAAGAUUGAUUCAAAAGAACUAAUUAAUCCACCUUAUCCUGAAAGCACUGACGUCCGUGGUUCACAUC